CUUCUGUUUCUGAAACAAAACUCGAGAUAGAGUUGGGUGGUGCACCUCUUCUUGAAGAUCUUUAUGUAAACUAUUGUGGUUUGCAAGGGAUGGAUAAAACAAGGAUAAGAAGCGCGCCAGUUAUAGACGGACACUUGUUCCCAUACUUAAAAUCACUAAUCAUGGAGAGCUGUAACAAAAUAAGUGUCUUGUUAUCUUUUUCGUCUAUGAGAUAUCUUGAGCGUCUAGAGAAGCUACACGUAUUGAAUUGCAGAAACUUAAAUGAGAUAGUAUCUCAAGAAGAAUCAGAAUCAAGUGAAGAAAAGAUUGUGUUCCCAGCAUUGCAAGAUCUGCUUCUUGAAAACCUUCCAAACCUUAAGGCUUUCUUCAAAGGACCCUGUAAUCUUGAUUUUCCAUCACUACAAAAAGUGGACAUCACAGAUUGCCCUAAUAUGGAAUUGUUUUCACGAGGACUUUGUAGUGCACAGAAUCUUGAGGAUAUCAACAUAUGUCAGAAUGAAUUAUGCAUCACCAGCUACAUAAAUAAGAAUGACAUGAAUGCCACUAUACAAAGAUCUAAAGCAUGUGUGGAAUUGAAAAGUUCUGAGAUGUUGAACUGGAAGGAGCUAAUUGAUAAAGACAUGUUUGGAUACUUUUCCAAAGAAGGGGCAAUAUACAUCAGAGAAUUUCGUAGAUUAUCAAUGCUUGUACCAUUCAGUGAGAUACAAAUGCUUCAACAUGUAAGGAUACUCGGUGUAGGUGACUGUGAUUCAUUGGUUGAGGUGUUUGAAUCAGAAGGAGAAUUUACAAAAAGGGGUGUCGCUACACAUUAUCAUCUACAAAAGAUGACACUGGAAUAUUUGCCAAGAUUGAGUCGCAUAUGGAAACACAAUAUCACAGAGUUUGUAAGCUUUCAGAAUCUAACAGAAAUUGAAGUUUCUGAUUGCCGCAAUUUGAGGAGUUUGCUCUCCCAUUCUAUGGCUAGAAGCCUUGUGCAACUUCAAAAAAUAGUAGUUGUUAGAUGUGGAAUCAUGGAGGAGAUAAUAACAAUAGAAGGGGAAUCUAUAGAAGGAGGCAACAAAGUCAAGACUUUAUUUCCUUAGUUGGAGGAAUUGACACUUUUAAAUCUUCCUAUGUUGAAAUGUGUUUGUUCAGGAGAUUAUGACUAUGAUAUCCCUUUAUGCACUGUUGAAGUGGACAAGGAAUUCAAUAAUAAUGAUAAGGUUCUGAUUUCAUUUCCACAAUUAAAGGAUUUAGUGCUUCGUGAAGUACCAGAGCUCAAGUGUUUUUGUUCAGGAGCGUACGACUAUGAUAUCAUGGUGUCGUCAACUAAUGAGUAUCCAAAUACGACAACCUUUCCCCAUGGAAACGUUGUUGUAAACACACCCAUCCUUCGUAAACUAGACUGGAAUCGAAUUUAUAUAGAUGCACUCGAAGACCUUAAUUUGACAAUAUAUUAUCUUCAAAAUUCAAAGAAAUACAAGGUGGAAUUACAAAAAUUAGAGACAUUUAGAGAUAUAGAUGAAGAGCUUGUUGGCUACAUCAAAAGAGUAACAAAUCUUGACAUUGUAAAGUUUAACAAGCUAUUGAAUUGCAUUCCAUCCAACAUGAUGCAAUUAUUCUCACAUGUGAAGUCUCUAACAGUGAAAGAAUGUGAGUGCUUAGUAGAGAUAUUUGAAUCAAAUGAUAGCAUCUUGCAGUGUGAACUAGAGGUCUUAGAAAUAGAAUUGUUUUCUCUUCCAAAACUGAAGCACAUAUGGAAAAAUCAUGGUCAAACUUUAAGGUUCGGGUGUUUAGAAGAGAUAAGGAUCAAGAAGUGCAAUGAUUUGGAAUAUGUGAUUCCGGAUGUUUCCGUGGUCACAAGCCUUCCAAGUUUGGUGUCGAUUCGUGUGUCUGAAUGCGAGAAGAUGAAGGAGAUCAUUAGGAAUAAUUGUUCACAACAGAAAGCUAAGAUUAAAUUUCCAAUAUUGGAGGAAAUAUUACUAGAGAAGCUUCCUAGCCUCAAAUGUUUCAGUGAAAGCUAUUUCCCUUGCUAUGUUGAGAUGCCAAAAUGUGAGUUGAUAGUAAUUAAUGACUGCCCAGAGAUGAAGACCUUUUGGUACGAAGGAAUCUUAUACACUCCAGGUCUUGAAGAGAUUUAUGUAGAAAAUACUAAAUUUGACAAAGAUGAAGAUGUUAAUGAAGUGAUACAACGACAGAAUAAAUGAUUGAGUGUUUGGUGUGAGGUAUGAAUUAUUACAACUAUCUCCUUUUGUCCCUCCUACCUAUGUCUCUUUCCUCACUCGUUUAUAAUCUCUGGUUUAGAGAAGAACCCAUCUUCUUUAAUGCAUGAAUUUCUCAUUGAAGUUUCGAAAAUAAUUUCACAUAAAGGAACUAAGAUUUUGUGUACAACUUUAUCAAUUAGGAGGGAUACAAAAUGUCCAACAUUCCAUUUGGACUAAUUCAUUCAUGCUGAUCUUUUACUCUUGCCGUCUUUGCAAGAAACUUGUAAGAAGUGUGAUUUGCGUCACUUAUUAUAUUUCU